AUGUUUGCAGAGCAUAAUGGGAUGUACAGAUAUAAAAGACUCAUAUUUGCAGUUUCAUCGGUGAGCGAGCAGUAUCCACAUGAAAUCGAAACAUCCCUGACAGGCAUCAAGGGGGUGGAGAACAUAUCAGAUGACAUCAUCGUCCACACCCCGGACAAGGAGACCCAUGACCAGCAUGCUGUCCUCAACAAGCUGGAGAACUGUGGGCUGACUCUCAACUCAGAGAAAUGUCAGUUCAACAUGGACAAAUUGGUGUUUAUGUGCAUGCUACUCUCACAGAAGUGCAUUGUGCCCACGGCUGAAAGAGGGAGAGCAGUGGUCGAGGCCAGCGAGCCUGAGACUGCAUCAGAGUACAUAUUUUCCUUGCGGCACCAUUCCUCACACACAUCCUCUUCCACCUGUGAUUGUCAAAGUAAGAUAUCCUGCUGGUGCCUUUCAGAUGACACAUAUCAGGAAGGAAAGAAGAUCAUGGUAGAUACAGCUGGAAAGCUUAACAUAUACAUUGCUAUGGACAUCUCUGACAGCAUUGCGGCGGAUCAGUUUAACAAAUCAAGAGAUGCUGUCAAGAAACUUAUCACAAAGGUCAGCUCCUUCGCAGUCAGCCCAAAUUACGAAAUCCUUUUCUUCGCUUCUGAUGUAUUAGAAGUUGUCAACAUAUUAGAUUUUUCUGGAGAAAAAAGAAUAAAACUUGAACAAGUCUUGACUGACUUGGACAACUUUAAUUAUGGAGAGAGAGAACAUUUUGGGACCAAUCUCAACCUUGCUUUUAAAACCAUCCUGGAACGCAUGGCUAUCCAAAAACAACGAAAUGAAACUUUAUUCAAGGAGGUCCACCAUGUCCUCAUAUUUUUCACAGAUGGUGCUUUCAACAUGGGGGGUAAGCCCGAAAACACAGUGGCCAAAAUCAGGGAAAUGGUCUACAUGAAUCAAAAGGAAYAAAGGGAUCAAUAUCUUGGUGAGGUCAAAGUUAUUUGUGUUGUCUUGACAUUGGUAUUUUAUUAGGAURCCCAUUAGCUG